AUGAGUAUAUCAAAAGAACCAUGCACCUGCCCGCUUCUCGACAAUGUUUCCACAGUAGACAUUGACGAUAAUGGAAGCUUCAAGUAUAUCCUCGUGAAAUUAAAAUGUGGGCAUAAUAAUCACGAGUCUUACCUCGUGGUGGGACAUAACAGGCAUCAAAGUCAUACGGAUAUUAUAAAUGAGGUAAACGAAAAAACGAAACCAGUAGUUGGUGAAGCGGUUGGUGGUGGGAUGAUUGAUCACGAUCCUGAUAAAAAGACGAUUCACAUACAUGGCACAUCAGAGAAGUACGGCACGGGCAAUCACGCCACCGCGGCUCGUAUGCUCGAAGAUGCAUACCCUGGCUACACAGUCACUGUCAGUGACUAAGUGAAAGGACUUAAAGAUGGACAUUUUCUCACUGCAACUCCGAUCGUUUUUCAAUGUGACUCAUAAGAGAAGUGUAACU